UGUCAUUCACUCAACCCACAACCACCACACACCAUGGAUUUCUCCCAGUUCAGCGCGGCCGAGCAGGCGCACAUGACCAAGGUCAUUGAGCGCAAGCAGAUGGACGACUUUAUGCGCCUCUACUCGGGCCUCGUUGAGCGCUGCUUCAACGCCUGCGCCCAGGACUUUACCUCCAAGGCGUUGACGACGAACGAGACCAACUGCGUCCAGAACUGCGCCGACAAGUUCCUCAAGCACUCGGAGCGCGUCGGUGCCCGCUUCGCCGAGCACAACGCCGAACAAAUGAAGCAGUAGUAGUGAUGAGCAUUGAUGUACAACUACCUCUCUGGCA